GAAAUAAACCAAACGCCAUUUUCGCAUUAUAGUCAUUCUCCCAACGCUGAAAUUACGAUUUUCCUCCACCCAUCGCCUACUGCCAAAGCUCCGGUCAACUCCUCCGGCGCUAAUUCCGUGUCGCCGACGUAAUUCGUCCCAUCGUCGGAAGGUGAAUUUUUUUGUGGUGCGCAAUCAGACCAAUCGUCGCCUCCGAUCAUGAAUCCGGAAUAUGAUUAUUUGUUCAAGCUUCUUCUAAUUGGAGAUUCAGGUGUUGGAAAGUCAUGCCUUCUCCUUAGAUUUGCUGAUGAUUCCUACCUUGACAGCUACAUCAGCACAAUUGGUGUUGACUUUAAAAUUCGAACUGUUGAGCAAGAUGGGAAGACUAUCAAGCUUCAGAUAUGGGAUACAGCUGGACAAGAACGAUUCAGAACUAUAACCAGUAGCUACUACCGUGGGGCUCAUGGAAUUAUUAUAGUAUAUGAUGUAACUGACCAAGAGAGCUUCAACAAUGUAAAACAAUGGUUGAAUGAGAUUGAUCGCUAUGCGAGUGAAAAUGUCAACAAGCUUCUGGUAGGAAACAAGUGUGAUCUUGCUGACAACAGAGCAGUUCCAUAUGAAACAGCAAAGGCAUUUGCGGAUGAAAUUGGCAUCCCUUUCUUGGAGACUAGUGCCAAAAAUGCUACUAAUGUUGAACAGGCCUUCAUGGCCAUGACUGCCGACAUUAAGAAGAGGAUGGCCAGUCAGCCUGCGUCAAGCAAUGCAAGGCCGCCUACUGUCCAAAUUCGCGGACAACCUGUUGCCCAAAAGAGUGGGUGUUGCUCUUAGUGGAUUUAUUGAUUUGGCACCGGCCAGGACAAAACGACUUGCUACGAUGAUUACCUUCCGGGGUAUGUCUUAUAUUAGUUACAUUCUUUCUUUAUAUAUUGGAUCUGCAUGCUGGCUGUACAAAUUAAACGAUUCUGCUUACUCCUGUAUUAGUAUUUCUUAGUCCCGUUAUCUUUCCUUUAGUUCCUUUCGUCUGCAGUGUUAUCUUUGCAAACAGCCUCUCGGAAACUUCCGAAUAGCAGCAUCUUGGAAUGUAAUGUGUGUUUUGUGUUGGCACUGAAAUUGGGGUUAUCUUCCUUUAAAUAAAUUGCUCUUAAAUUUUUGUUGUU